AAUUCCACUAAAACCCGAUCACCAAAACCACCACCAUUACCAUCAUAAUCAGAUAUUCACAUCAACAAUGUCUUCUUUUGUUUUCCCAGAGACCAAUUCCACUGUCCUCCCAGACCCUUCCAAUUUCUUCUCCCAAAAUCUUCUCUCAAACCCACUCCCAACAAACUCUUUCUUCCAAAACUUUGUUCUCAAAAACGGUGACCAACCAGAAUACUUCCACCCUUACCUCAUCAACUCCUCAAACUCCUCACUCACUCUCUGCUACCCUUUCCACAACUCAAACUCUUCAUUCAUAUCCCAAGUCUUCAUCAACAACCUCACCAUCACUUCCUCUAACAAUAACAAACCCGAGGGCAAACACGUCAUUUCCUCCUACAGUGACCUUGGUGUCACAUUGGAUAUCCCUUCUUCCAACCUUCAAUGCUUUCUUGUUAAAGGAGCCCCCUUUGUAACCGUUUCUGUUACACAACCAACCCCUCUUUCAAUAACCACCAUCCACGCCAUUCUCUCUUUCUCCUCCAAUGAUUCUCUCACCAAGUUCACCUUUCAGUUCAACAAUGGCCUGUUGCCGGAUUCCGACGCGAAACACGAGGCUAUUCUUGACAAGUUCAGCACCUGUUAUCCUGUCUCCGGCGAAGCCAUCGUCGGAGAACCGUUUCGCGUCAAGUAUAAUUGGAACAAGAAAGGCUCCGGUGACUUGUUGAUGUUAGCACACCCUCUUCAUCUUCGGCUUUUAGAUAAGAACAACAACAAUGAUGUUAAUGUAACCGUUCUUGAUGAUUUCAAGUACAAUAGCAUCGAUGGGGAGCUUGUUGGUGUUGUUGGUGAUUCAUGGAUUCUGCAAACCGAUCCAGUUUUCGUAACAUGGCAUUCUUCAAACGGUGUAAGGCAAGAUUCAUACAACGAAAUCGUUUCGGCACUUUCGAAAGACGUUGAAUCUCUUAACUCAUCUUCAACAUUAUUACAAACUUCAUCUUACUUCUAUGGCAAGUUAAUUGCAAGAGCUGCAAGACUUGCAUUAAUAGCUGAAGAGGUUUAUUCAUUUGAUGCGAUUGCCAAGGUUAGGAACUUUCUUAAAGAAACCAUUGAGCCUUGGCUUGAAGGAACUUUCAAUGGGAAUGGAUUUCUUCAUGAUAAAAAAUGGGGUGGAAUUGUUACAAAGUUAGGAUCUACAGAUUCUGGUAAAGAUUUUGGGUUUGGAAUUUACAAUGAUCAUCAUUAUCAUUUGGGAUACUUUAUCUAUGCAAUUGCAACGCUUGUUAAGAUUGAUCCAGCAUGGGGUAGUAAAUACAAAUAUCAAGCUUAUUCUCUUGUCUCGGAUUUUAUGAACUUGGAUAUGAAAUCAAAUCCAAAUUACACUCGUUUGAGGUGUUUUGAUCUGUACACAUUACAUUCUUGGGCCGGAGGACUAACCGAAUUCGCCGACGGAAGAAACCAAGAGAGCACAAGCGAAGCAGUGAGUGCUUAUUACUCUGCAGCGUUGUUGGGUAUGGCGUACGGCGAUGCAAGGCUUUAUGGCGUUGGAUCAACGCUAACGGCAUUGGAGAUUCUUGGAACACAAACAUGGUGGCAUGUGAAAGAAGGAAGUGGAAUGUAUGAGGGUGAGUUUACAAAGGAAAACAGGGUAAUGGGAGUACUGUGGUCUAACAAGAGAGACAGUGGAUUAUGGUUUGCACCUGCUGAGUGGAAAGAAUGCAGGGUUGGGAUUCAGGUGCUGCCAUUGCUGCCAAUAUCUGAAGCUUUGUUUUCAGAUGUUGGGUAUGUGAAGGAGCUUGUGGAGUGGAGUUUGCCUGCUUUGAAGAGGGAUGGUGUUGGAGAAGGGUGGAAGGGGUUUGUUUAUGGUCUUCAAGGGGUUUAUGAUAAUGAAGGUGCAUUGGAGAAUAUAAGAAACUUGAAAGGUUUUGAUGAUGGUAACUCGUUGACUAAUCUUUUAUGGUGGAUUCAUAGUAGAGGAUGAAGGUGAUCUUGAGAAGUGGAAGAAUAAUGGAGAAAAAUCCAAUAGCCGCUAACAAUUGCCUCGAAAAACAAUGAGGUGCUUGACAAAAAAAAAAAUCCAAUCCGACUCUGAUAAUUAUUUCGAAAGG